CUAUCCUUCCCACCUGUUCGUGAUGUCUGCCCUUCCCUCACGCUGAAGGCCUGCCGUUGUACAUGCUUGCGACGAUCAGGACAGCGCACUGUCUGAUUCCCUCGUAGACAGCGAGAUCGCUCGAGACACAGACGCGGGUCACGCACGACUUGCCGAAUACAUGACAAGCGAGACGAUCUCUCACCUGAACGAUGCUGUGCAGCAUUUUCAGUUGGUUCUUGAUCAGUGUCCGGUCGGCCAUCCUGAUCGUGCAGCAGCUCUCACCAACCUCGCGUAUGCCCACCUUGAAGGCUAUACUCAAAACCAUCUUCAAGACAUUGAUACCACUACUUCCCUCUUCCGCGAAAGCCUUUGCAUUGCGUCCGCAGGGUCACCCAGAUCACGCAUCAUCCCUCUAUAAUCUCAUUCAAGCAUUGAACUGGCGUUACAGCGAGGAGUCUACCGACGUCUACAUUCACGAAUCCGCGCAGCUGUGCUGCAAGCUACUGCCCCUCUGUCCAGAGGGCACCUACCUUCGUAGCGUGGGCGUAGACAGUACGGUCGGUUAUGUGAUCAACGCAUGCAACAAUCUUCCAAUCGACGCAUCCGAUGAAGGCACCCACCUUCGACGAAACGUGCUCGAGCUUUGUCCUGUGGGCCAUCAACUCCGUCCAAGAGCCCUCGCCACACUUGCACAUGCGGUCCAUGUACGCUUCGAUCAACGCGGCAGCAUUGAUGAUGUAGACGAGGACAUACAACUCCUUCGUGAAGUGGUGUCUCUGUGCUCAGAGGGACAUGCUGGCCGUGAGACAUACUUAAACAACUUGGCCGUCUCACUCAACCUCCGCUUCAAUCACCAAGGCAAACCUAAUGACCUCGAUGAGGCCAUCUCUUUGCACGAAGAAGCGCUGCACCUGCGCCCUAUUGGGCACGAAUCUCGUGAUUUCUCAUUGGACGCCCUAGGGCUCGCCCUCGUCACCCGUUUCAACAAAUGCGGCAACAUUGACGACAUCACCCGAGCUAUCAGCCUCUAUCGCGAGGCACUGAUGUUGCGCCCACCUGGGCAUCGAUGUCGUGACAUCAUACUUCACAACCUUGCCUUCGCGCUCAACAGCAGAUAUGACGAAUUGCAUGUCAGUGAGGAUCUUGAGGAGGCCAUUCAUUGGUAUCGUGAAUCCCUUCGGUUAAAGCGGCUUGACGAUCCAGGGCGUGGUCUGACUCUUGCGAAUUUGAGCUCGGCGCUCUGCUCUCGUUUCACACACACUCGGAAGAAUGAAGAUAUCGAGGAAGCCAUUACUCUCUGCCAAGAAUCGUUGGGGGCUUCACCUUCACUGCACCCGGACAGAUGGUUCAGCUACAGAUGGCUGAAGGAAGCCUAUUUAGCUCGUUACCGAGAGCUACAUGACCCUGCUGAUUUGUUGCUUGCAAUGGGGAACUGCAGACUGGCGUCAAGGCACCCUACCCAGGGCUUUCCACUGCGGAUUCUAGCAGCUUGGCACUGGGUUUCUGAUGCUGAAGCUUCUUGUCAUGAAUCUGCGCUUGAGGCCUACUUGACAUUUUUUGAGCUUGUGGAUGCUCAUUUGGCAACACGAUCGUCGGCAACUUUACGGCGCGAGGCUGCCGCUUCCUUCCAUGAUGCCAGAACACUCCCCGUAGAUGCAGCAUCAUGUGCCAUCCGCUGUGACAAUCAACGACACGCAGUAGAACUUGUGGAGCAGGGCCGUGGCCAGCAAUGGUCGCUGGCCUCUCGACUCAAGACUCCAGUUGAAGAUCUCGAGUCAGUAAAUCCGAAACUGGCGCACAAAUAUUUGGAGCUAAGCAAGCGCGUUUCCAAUGCCGCCCAAAGUUCCACAACCAUCACCGACAGAGCUACUGUUGAUCGGGCAGCAACCGAGUACAGGAAACUUACAGAGCAGUGGGAAGCUGCAGUGGCUAAAAUCCGUAAUCUUCGGGCGUUCUCGCGGUUCCUGCUUCCGCCAUUGUAUGCAGACUUGCAAGCGGCAGCACGCCAUGGCCCGGUCAUCAUCCUCAUUGCCAGUCAAUACUCGUGCAGCGCCAUCAUCGUCCCGACGUCAGGAGACCCCCAUCAUGUUCCCUUACCGUCUGUCUCUCUCACAGAGCUGAAUAAUCUCAAAGAUCGCUUCGCUAGGGCAAUACGACACGCGUCCAUUAUGGGCCCAAAAGUACCGCGUAACGAUCUAAUAGUCCUCUUGCGGACAGUAUGGGACGAGAUCAUGCUGCCCAUCGUCAAUGUCCUCCAGCAUGACCUGAAAUUACAAUCUCGCUCUCGAAUCUGGCUGUGUCCAACUGCAGCUUUUACGUCCAUUCCUCUCCAUGCAGCUCACCCCUUUCAAACAAAGGCAGAUGGCUCUAAGGAGCCAUGCCUGGAGGAUCUCUACAUCUGUUCUUACACGCCGACACUUUCGGCUCUGGUCAGAUCUAGACAGAUGAUGAAGAGGCGUGUCGCUCCAUCCUUCGUGACAAUCGGACAAGGUCAACCGGGCGCAGGGAAAGGCAAGGUACUCUUGGCUGUCGACAGCGAGCUCGAGCUUGUCCAUAAGCUCGUCCCUGCAACGGCCAAACGUACUACUGUUUCUGGGGACGCAGCGACACGAGCAGGUGCACUCCAAGCUUUGGAAGAGAACACCUGGGUGCACCUCGCUUGUCAUGGCAAGCAGGACCCUACACAGCCUUACAAUUCGCAUUUCGUCAUGAGAGAUGAACAUUUGACGCUGCUAGAUAUAAUGGAGAGAGAUACUCCGCACGCCGAGUUCGCAUUCUUAUCCGCUUGUCAUACUGCUGUCGGGGAUGAAGAGACACCCGACGAAGUCAUUCAUCUCGCAGCUGGCCUCCAGUUUUCGGGGUUCAAGAGCGUCAUUGGCACGCUGUGGGAGGUCAACGAUGCUGUCGCAAAACACGUCGUUGAAGCGUUCUACAAAUAUAUGUUCAUGGAUUUGAAGGAUGGUGCUGGUAUUGUCAUGGACUGUACGAGGGCGGCCUGGGCGCUCAACCGUGCUACACACGCCGUGAAGACGAAAGUUCCGCUCGAGCAGAGGAUGGUUUUCAUCCAUAUUGGUGUGUAAUUCUCUUAUGUCGUAUCGCUUUCAUCCGUCAGUGCACCUUUACCGUACCCUUGUAUUUUUUUUUCCAUUGCGGUGUAGCAUUUUCCGAUUGUAGGAUCACCCUUCGGGUCAUGUUCUUCCUGUUUCGCAUCCCCUAUCGUGUUAUCGCCUACUCUAGAGUCUUUCGCAGAUUUAUUCAAUGCUCGAUUAUAUGUUCUUGGUGCAUUA